AUGGCAGUGCUUGUGGAUGUCGAUCUAAACCCACAUGGGGUUCGCGCAGUUCUCAACGGGACAGAACGCACGACUCCAGAGGGAGGUGCAGGGGCUGCCAAAAUAGAACUUUGGCAGAGCGCAGUCGCUAGAAACACAUGGCCAACAAAAAGGGAUAGCUCUGUCGGUGCGUUGCAGGGAUAUGGGGUUUUCAAGGAUCAGACGAAAUCCGUUAAUAAUCCACAUGCUUCGACAGAAUCCCCAAACGUGGUGACCUUUAAAUCUGGAGAAGCGUUGAUGAUGGAUUUUUUGCGGGAGCUCCCUGAGCAAAUAUUUCGAGACAUCUUAUUAAGAGUCCCAUACAUAUGUCACUCAAAAAUUAAGCAGCUGUUGGAACCUGCCAAAGAAAUGUUGGAAAGUUUUCAGUUUUAUCAGGAUAGAAUUAAGUUUGGGCUGACUAAGAAAUAUAUAUGUUUUCUCGAGGAUCAUAUUAGCAUAUCUAUAUACGAUCCUACUGAUCGAUCACGUAAACUGCUCCCUCCCACAAACGCAAUCGUUCAUAAGAUUAUAAAUGUGAAUCAUAAGAUUGUUGUGCUGGGCCAGUCACGCCAUUUAACUCCAUUGUUUUUGAUAUAUGAUUUUUUACCUAGUAUAUGGAAGCAUGGUGCUGAAUUUCCCACCCCCAGACCUGCAAACCUAGAGUUUGCAUGUUGUGCCUCACCUGAUGGAUCGAUUUACAUUGCAGGAGGAAAUGAUAAUGGUCUCAAUGAACUUCGUGACGCAGCAGUUUAUAAAGUAGAUGAAGACAAGUGGGAGCUUCUUCCUAAGAUGCACCAGGGAAUGUACAGCUGUAGGGGUGUUUUUAUUGAAGGAAUGUUUUAUGUCAUUGAUAUUAAUAGAUGUCAAAGAUUUGAUCCCACCACAAGAGCAUGGACAACAAUAAAUAUGUCUAUUCCUAAUUCUUGCCUCGAUGUUAUGUAUGCCUUUCAACGACUAAUUGCAUUUACAAGUAAAGGAAUAGAGCAAUAUGAUUGGGAAGGAAAUUUAUGGAGGCAAUUGGAAACUCUCCCUCAACACCACCCUGUUUUAAAUGUUUGUGCCACAGUGUCGUGUGAUCGAAUAUUAUUUUGUGGAAUUUUUCGUAAUCCUGAUAUCUAUAUUUGUAAACUGUAUAUGUAUAAACCUGGAGCACCUUUCUCUGAGAGGUGGAUUUCUGUUGACCAACCCAAUAGUUUUCUGGAAGGGAUGGUUCAAUCUAUUGCCACCAUUGAAAUUUAA